CGCAAAGCCUUGGGUCGUGGAUUGCGUGUAACUACUCUGCCCUAAAACCCUAGGAGCUUCUCUCCUCUCUCCGCACCUCUCUACCGUGCAUCCAUCGUUGAAGAAGAAGAACGAUAGAGAAGGUUGGGCAGAGGCCAGUUUUGCGUGACUCAGAAAGACAAUGAGGUUAGAGAAGUGUUGGUUCUGCUCCUCCACUAUUUAUCCAGGGCACGGUAUCCAAUAUGUUCGCAAUGAUGCGACGAUUUUCCGGUUUUGCCGAUCAAAAUGCCACAAAAACUUCAAGAUGAAGAGGAAUCCUCGCAAAGUAAAAUGGACAAAGGCAUACAGACGGCUGCAUGGAAAGGAUAUGACACAGGAUUCAACCUUUGAGUUUGAAAGGAAGCGAAACAGGCCAGAGAGAUAUGACAGGAAUCUUGCGGAGAACACAUUGAAGGCCAUAAAGAAGAUUGAUAAAAUAAGAGUAGAUAGGGAGGCCAAACACCAUUCACAAAGGAUGAAGGGGAAGAGAGCCAAGGAACAGAAGGAAGCAGCCAAGGAGUUGGAACAAAGCAUUCACAUGGUCAAAGCUCCUGUCGCCCUCCAACAGGAGCCCUCACUCACCCUUCCAAAGAUCAAAGUCCAAGUCUCAAAACCGCAAACAGAGGACCAUCUAAUGGAGGAAUGAUGAUGGUACUCGUGAGAAAAGAGAUCUUCUGUGAGGCAUCGCAACUGAUUAUAUAUCUUAGGAAUAUUGUUCUGAGCUUACAAAUUUCCAAAAGAUAUAAUGAAAACAGCUUAUUUUUGUAUGGCCGGUAGUUUCAGCAGAUGCAGUAAAGCAUUUCGUUUUUCUUGUUUUGAGAUGCUUGUUGCUAUUGAAUCGUGUAUACUGCUGCGUGUUGAUUAUGGGAUUGCGAUUAUUUUGGUUCCUUGUUCAA